AAAAUGAGAAAAAAAUAAUUAAAAAUAAAAAAGAGAGAGAGAAGGGCUCUGAAAAACUUGCAGCUGCAAGCGAGAGGGAGAAAAUACAGGAACCUUCCAAAAUGGCGUCGUUUUUGCAAUCGCUCGUAGAUCCAAGAAAGAACUGGCUUGCCAAACAACACAUGAAAACUCUCUCCUCUCGCCUUCGCAGAUACGGGCUCCGAUACGAUGAUUUGUACGACCCCUAUUACGAACUGGAUAUCAAGGAGGCGCUUAAUCGGCUCCCGAGAGAGAUCGUCGACGCGCGUAAUCAGCGACUUAAGCGUGCCAUGGACCUUUCCAUGAAGCACGAGUAUCUCCCUGAGGACCUUCAGGCAAUGCAAACACCAUUCAGGAGCUACCUGCAAGAAAUGCUGACCCUAGUGAAGAAGGAGAGAGCAGAACGUGAGGCUUUGGGAGCUCUGCCUCUUUACCAGCGCACCAUUCCUUGAGUUUCUUAGCAUUACCCAUGUCCAUUUCAUAUUGAAGUAAAUCUUGUUGAAAUUUUUUUCCUAUAUGUUCCGCUUACAGAAGGGCAGAUGGAUUAUGUCUCUGCUUGAUAAGUUGUUUUCCCAAUCUUUUCGUGAUGGUGGUGAUUAAAUGUUGUCACUAGGUUGUCUUUACCGACACCUUUGCCAAUAUUCAUGUAGAACCCUGCUAUUUAACUUUCAUUUCAUGGUCAACUGCAAUAAAAAGGAUUGUCUUUUACUUUUA